AUGGAUAGGAUCAGUUUGUUACCGGACUCUAUCCUCUGCGACAUUCUCUCUUACCCCCAACAAAAGAAUGCUAUUCUAACUCAGCGCAACGUAGAUUACCCCAUUGAAAGGUUCCGCUUCACUUGCUAUCAAAUUUCACAGAGUCUCUUAUUAACAUGGCUUAAUGCCGUCAUUGGUCUCCAUCUUCAAGAACUGCAUCUCGACAUUAAUCCAAUGUUUGGAAUUAACUUGCCUGAAGCCAUACUCACUUGUCCAUCACUAAAAUCCCUUACUUUAAAACGUGAGUCUUCUUUGUAUUGUUAUCCAAAGUUUCCAAAUGUUUAUCUGCCAUCCCUCAAGAACCUAGAGUUGGAUGCCCUCUUUGUGGACCCCAGCAAGCUUUUAUCCGGCUGCCCUGUUCUUGAAAAUCUUAAGCUUUUUCUACAAAGCCACGAUUUUUUUCCUGUUUACGUACCCACAAUCCAGGAAAAAGAUCUUCUCCAGUUUUUUUAA